AUGUACAUGGUAGAGACACAUACAUUCCAUUUGCUCAUUGGCGAGGCGACGGUUACAUUGCAGGAUAUGUCACUUCUUUCCGAACUCCCCAUUGAUGGUGAUGCAGUUACUGGGGUUGACACACAUCAUACAAUGCUGGAGUGGCAGGAUUACUAUGACCACCAUCUUGGUAUUAGACCUCUGGAGACUGCUUUAUUUGGAUCGCGACUUAAGGUGACCACUUUGGUUGCUAUAUUUGCUGAGCCUCUUCGAGAUGAUGUUGAUGUGCUUACAUUUUGCCUCUCAUCGGGGCUUAUAUUGUUUCAAACAAGUUGCAUAACAAUGUUGGGUUUAUGUACUUACAGCAUCUUGAGGACCUAG